AUGUCAUCGUCUCGCGUUGGUUUUCGCUUCUUUGAGAGCUCCCGCGCGGCCUUCCGCGCCGCGUUUCGCCGGCCUGGUGCCCAGGGACGCCGCUUCCAGAGUUCCGAUGCUGCGUCGCAGCAACAGAGCACCUUUCAGCGUAUGUGGAACAGCCCUGUUGGUGUCAAGACGGUGCACUUCUGGGCCCCCGUUAUGAAGUGGGCUCUCGUCAUUGCCGGUAUCUCCGACUUCCAGCGUCCCGCUGAGAAGCUCUCCCUCACCCAGAACGGCGCCCUCACAGCCACCGGUGCUAUCUGGACCCGCUGGUGCUUGAUUAUCAAACCCAAGAACUACCUGCUCGCUGCCGUCAACUUCUUCCUCGGAUGUGUCGGUGUUGUCCAGGUCACCCGUAUCUUCAACUACCGCCGCAGCUUGGACGGCUCCUCACAAGCGGCCGUGAAGGAUAUGGAGCAGGAGGUUGCUGGUGAGGCCAAGGCUGUUGCCCACGAGGUCUCCAACGCUGUGAAGAAGUCUACUUGA